AUGUUCGAAUCGCGAGUAGAAGCAUGGCUCGAACUGUUGGGAAUCACAGAAGAUUACAUACAGGCUCACGCCUCCGAGGUACCUCAUGACAAGCCACAAGCGACAGAGCCACCAGCCUUUCAGGAUGAGUCUGAUAUCAUCAAAGAUUGCAGCUUAUCAUCCAUAUCCCUCGAUAAGGAUGGAUGGCAGAUGACUGACGCCCAUCUCUUUCAGUCUGAGGAUACCCCGGAAUGGAGCAACACAGGAAACGGCUCGCUAGCGGCGGAUCAAGGAUGGAAGGUUGUCAAGUCGAAAAGAUCAACAAGACGAAGGCAUGCCGAGACUGUUUCAACUAGCCUUACCACAGAUUCUUCGCGUCCGAGUCGAGCAAAGGAGGGCAGCACAACAGGAGAACAUGCCGAAAGCCCUCUAUCUUCGAGUUCAUCCAUGUCGCCAAAUCCAAACAUCGACAACGGGCCACCGAAAGGGAGUGGCCCGAACAGUCGUCACAAUCAGAUGGACAGAACAGGGACGUCACUGCCUCUUCAGCCUUUCGCAAACCUUUCUAGCAGAGACAUGGAGCAAGUGGCGAAAGACGUCGAGCGAAGCUUUAUUGGCCCAGCGUUCAAGUCAAUGUUCAUACAAAAGCCUCAGCCUCAAGCCGGCAAUACGGAUGCGGACACCGCAUCCGCUAUACCUCAACAAAAACAGCUUCGCCGGCAGCAGCUGUCCCACCUUAUCCUCACCACCCUCUCCCACUUUCCAUCGCUCUCCUACUUCCAAGGCUACCACGACAUACUCACCGUCCUCCUCCUCACACUCUCUCCCGAACCACCAUCUCCAUCUCAUCUCUUCUCGUCCCGGCGUACCCAAUUCAUCCUUGAACUUUCGGCAGAACGCGUCAGCCUCUUUCUCAUCCGAGAUAGCAUGACGCGCGACCUCCUUCCCAUCAUGGGCCAGCUCAAGAUUCUUUCCAACCUUGUACGCGCCUCCAAUUCGCACUUUGCAGAAACCAUGGAUCGCGCAUCUCCAUCGCCAUACUUCGCUCUGCCUUGGCUCAUGACGCUAUUAACACACGAUGCGGCCGAUGUAAAGGUGAUGCAGAGGGUGAUGGACUUUGUGCUGGCAUACGGUCCGGCAGCAGCAAUUUACCUGUGUGGCGCAAUCCUGCUGGAAGCGAAAGUGGAGGAGCUGGACGCGAUGGACGAAGAGCUGUUGGAGGAUGCGGCCAUUUUGCAUACUGUCUUGGGCAGAUUGCCGGUCAUCGUUGCUGAUGAGGAUGCAACUUCAAGAAAUCUCCAGGCGACUCAUAGCAAAAGCACAGACAGUGCAGUCAACCAGGAGAACGAGCACAUAAAUCGGGAUAAAUCACUAGUCUCCACGUCCAUUUACACAGAUCCUGACGUAGAGCUUCCAAGCCUCGCUUCGGAUCGCGCGCUCGCGGCCUCAAGCAACAGCAAUCCCGCUCACUCUGUUGCCACACCGACCAAGAAGGGUAUUCCACUGUCGACGUUACUGCAAGCAGCAGUGCGAUUGAUGGAACGCUUUCCCUUGUCGUCGGAUGCUCUGCAGGCACACAGCAUCAUGGGUCCGAGAAGUGUACUUUUCACCUGGUCAGAAGUGUUCGAUGCUCCGUCCAUCUCGGACGGACCGGACGAUACUAAGCGCGAACGCGGUCAGAUCAUCGAGUGGGGACCAGCCACAUCGCUCGCCAUAUCUGCUCUCACAGGACCUACGGAGCAAGUUGUUCAAGAUCCGCACCCUUGCACGCCGCUCGAGGACGAGUUGGUUGAACCAGAGAAACACGUUGAGAAAGACGAAAUGGCGCUCAGGCCAAGAUGGCAUCUCACCAGAGGUUCGUCAGCUGAUGCUGGUCCAGCUACACGCAUGCUAGCCGUCGUCGGCUUAUCCGGCCUGCUCGUUGCGGCGAUUUACAGCGCAACCGCAAGCCAAAAUCGCACUCCGUCACUGAGCACAGAAGAGUCAAAGAAAGUGUUGACGCUCAUCGUUUCCCUGCUCAGCAAUUGGGGGAGGGUUGUGGGCGGUAGCCCUUUGUAA